CGAUGGCGGCGAAUACAAGUCAACACAGCGACGAAAGCAGCGAGAGUUUAGACCUUAUGAUGGAAGCCGGGUCGUCCAGUUUCGAAGAAAUGGAAGACAAUGUACCCCUAGGCACACAGCCUUAUCUGUUUGAACCUGAGGCCAGCUCGGAUGAAGAAAUUAACCAGCAAUCUUCCCCAGAGUCAACCGACGAAGACCGACUGGGAAACACCGAUUGGUGCUCAUGUGGUAACUGCCCUCCAAUGUCAACCAUUGAGGAGUCAGUGUGCUGUCAUGAGAUCCCUCAAGUCAUGACAGUUUUGGAGGAGGAUCCUGGAAAGCCAUGCAUCAUAGAGCACAAUGGCUUUGAACCUGUGUGUCUGCACCCUUCCAGUCUGCGUACGGCGUACUACAACUACAGACAGCAUUAUGACAACUUGCCAGAAUCCAACCAGCGCAUGCGGUACAUCGGGUACAGACAGCUUGCCAGAUGGUGUUGGGGAUGGUUGGGGAAGCAUGUUCGCGUACCACUUCCUGCCUGUGCUGUCCAAAAGAUCCGCAACACAUAUCCGGCAGAAGACGGUGUAUACCAGGGAUUCAACAUGGCUUAA